UAAUUGCAAGGUGAGGGAUACUGGAAGAUUCUUUUUUUAUAAAUGUCUGACAGUAUUUGUCAAAAGUUGCUAAAGAAGACCUAAAGCUUAUAUUUUCAACAUUUUUUCCUUUCCUUGGUCACAUACUACAAUCAUAUCUCCAAUUUAAACCCCCCAAAAUUCUAGUACUAGUUGUUGGUAUGUACUAGAGUUGUGAUGCCCAUUAUCCUUUUCUCAGGUUACCUAGGGACUAACUGUCAGUUUUAUCAAUUCAGAUCCAUCCCAUAGAAUUCUUUUCUAUUGUUUUCUCAGGGGGAGAGAUCCAGGAUAACCUUGCACAUGAAGAAUCAGACAACUACAGUAGCAGAGUUCAUUCUGCUCGGUUUUCCUAUCAGCAGAGAGGUGGAACUGCUAUUCUUCAUUCUCCUUCUACCCACAUACUUGCUAACACUUCUGGGGAACAUCCUCAUCAUCUGUACUGUUGUGUCCUACUCACGCCUCUACACACCCAUGUACUUCUUCCUCUGCAAUCUCUCCAUAUUGGAUAUCCUCUUCACCUCUGUCAUUUCCCCAAGGGUGCUGACCAACUUAGCCACUGGGAAUAAAACCAUCUCCUUUGCUGGGUGUAUCACUCAGUGCUAUUUUUACUUCUUCCUGGGGACAGUGGAGUUUCUUUUACUAACAUCCAUGUCCUAUGACCGGUAUGCUGCCAUCUGUAACCCACUGAGAUAUAGCACCAUCAUGAGUCCUUCUGUGUGCAUUGGGCUAGUUCUUUUCUCAUGGGUGGGUGGUUUCUUGUCUGUUCUUUUUCCCACUAUACUUAUCUCUAGGUUACCCUUCUGUGGUUCCAAUAUCAUUAACCACUUUUUCUGUGACAGUGGACCUCUUCUGGCCCUGGCUUGUACAGACACAACUGCCAUUGAGUUGAUGGAUUUUUUGCUGUCAUCCACUGUCAUCCUCCUCUCCUUAAUUCUCAUUGGAUACUCCUAUACUUAUAUCAUCAUGACCAUCUUACGUAUCCCAUCAGCCAGUGGGAGGAAGAAGGCCUUUAACACCUGUGCUUCUCACUUGACUGUUGUUGGGAUUGCUGGUGGGAUAACAGUUUUUAUCUAUGUGACUCCCUCCCAGAAAGAAACCCUGGAAAUCAACAAAAUACCCUCAGUGUUGAGCAGUGUGGUGGCACCUUUCCUCAACCCCUUCAUCUACACCCUGCGCAAUGACACUGUACAUGGGAUACUCAGGGAAGUUUGGGUUGGACUCAGAGUUGCAUUAGUGGAGAGGAGGAGGUCGUUCUUAAGAAUGUUGUACCACAAGGGUCACUGACAAGAGAGUAGAGGCCUCCUUCUACCUUAAUAAAGACCAUUUUCUAAUCCCACAAAAAUGAAUGUAAGCCACCUAGAGGUCCAGGACUGGGAGAUUGUCUGCUUUUGGCAAGAGCAGGUGCUAAGUUACCACUGGACGGUGGGCAUUCAGAGGGUUAUGCAACCUAUGUCACACACUGAUCAGUCCUAGCUUCCAUCAUCUGGUCCUCUCUCAGAAGCUUUGUUUAAGUUGGCCCUCUAGUCAGAGAACAACAUUUUUUUAAAAAAAAGACAAUCUUACUGAACAAAAUGUGUUUUGAACAUUUUUAAAGUGCUUUGAAAAUACUAGUCAUAGAAGUUGUGGAUCUCAAGCUGGAAGAGAUUCUAUGUCAUCUAAUCCAACCCCUUUCCUUUUGAAGCUGAGAAAACUGAGGUCCAUAGAGCUUAAAUGACUUCAUAAACGUCACACAGGGAAUUGUGUCAGAGAUAGAAUUUGAAUCCAGAUCCUCUUUCUCCAGAGCUAGUUAUCUUCACUGCAGUAUAACCUCUCAUUCACUUCCCAAUAACUCCUCCUUGCCAUUGAGCCCUCUAUAACAAAGAGCAACACUUAAGCAAAAAAAACAAACAAACAGCUGACACCAAGACCCAAUAAUUUUGUUCUCUGAACCUGCCAUACAUCUGUCAGAACUAAAAGAUUUAUCUCAUGUGCCACAGAAAAAUUGUGGUCCUUGUGUCAGAAGUCCUAAAACUUAUGAACUUCUCUCUGAGCCUCAGCUUUUUCAUCUCUCUCUCUCUUUUUUUUCCUUAAAACUCUUACCUUCCGUCUUGGAGUCAAUACUGUGUAUUGGCUCCAAGGCAGAAGAGUAGUAAGGGCUAGGCAAUGGGGGUCAAGUGACUUGCCCAGGGUCACACAGCUGGGAAGUGUCUGAGGCCAGAUUUGAACCUAGGACCUCAAGUCUCUAGGCCUGGCUCUCAAUCCACUGAGCUACCCAGCUGCCCCCUUUUUUCAUCACUUAA